AUGCGGGCUGUCGUCGCCUUGGCCGCGGCGCUGGGCAGCCUGCUGCUCGGCGGCUGCCUCCUGCGCCUGGGCGGCCAGCAGCCCCUCCGCGCCAGUCCCGUCUUGCUUGCCAGGGGCUGGGAGGAGGACGCGGGAGUAGCUACUGUCACGCCGAAAGUGGUGCGAGCCCUCAGGUCCCCCCUAACGUCCCUUCCUCAGACCGAGAACAGAAAACCCGUUAAUAAAAAUGGAAUUUACCAGUUCGAACAGGCUUCAAAAUGUAAGGCAAUUCAGGACAACAUUUUGUCAUCAUCUAUCAAGAAGAAAAGAUAUUCAGAAGAUUAUUAUCUUCACAUAGUCACAAAACUGCAGAACUGCACCUGGAUAAGGAGACCAGAAGAAUCUACAAAGUUCAGGUCAGAAUUAGCUUCCUGCUGUGAUGCAGUUCACAAUUUUAUUGCUUCUCAAAACAACAGCCCACUGGGAAGUAACAUGAGUUACGAAGUGGACAGUAAAAAGACCAUCCUCAUUACAGAGGACAUUUUUAAGAUGCUGCCUGUGUCUUCUCCUCUUUCAGUCUAUCCCUUCAAGACCUGUGCUGUGGUUGGAAAUGGAGGCAUUCUGAAAAAUUCCAGUUGUGGAGCUGAAAUCGAUCAUUCUGACUUUGUGUUUAGGUGUAACCUCCCUCCAACCACGGGAAGCAUUAGCAAAGAUGUUGGCAAUAAAACAAACCUUGUGACUGUUAAUCCGAGUAUCAUAGCUCAGAAAUACAACAAACUGAAUGAAAAGAAAACAGAAUUUCUGGAGAACAUUGCGGUCUAUGGAGAUGCUUUUCUUUUAUUGCCAGCAUUUUCCUUCAGAAGCAACACAGCCACUUCUUUUAAAGUAUAUCACACUCUGCAAGAGUUCAAAGCAACCCAAAGGGCAAUAUUUUUUCACCCCACUUAUCUGAAAAGUCUUGCCCAGUUCUGGAGAACUAAGGGUGUGAAAGCCUACCGGUUAUCAUCUGGUUUUAUGAUCACUAGUGCUGCUCUUGAGCUGUGUGAGAAUGUGAAGCUCUAUGGCUUCUGGCCUUUCUCAAAAUCCACAGAGAAGAUGCCAAUUAGCCACCACUAUUACGACAACCAGCUGCCUAAACCAGGUUUCCAUGCAAUGCCCAAAGAAUACAACCAGAUCCUUCAGCUUCAUGGCAAAGGCAUUUUGAAGUUGCAGUUUGGUAAAUGUGAAUCAGACUAAAAAGGGUGAUCAUCCUAAGGAGACAAUUUGUGUGUAUCUCAGCAGUUCGGUGUUGGAUUUGAUCUGAUGUGAUUUUGUGAGCAUUAAACUGCAUUAUUACAAUAGAGAAAUAUUUUACACUUGGGGAGAAAAGAAAGUGAUUUUUUCACACAGUGACUGCUACAUUUCUGAAUUUUGAGCAAUCAUUUUUUUAAAUACAAAAUAACAUUUAUUUGGGAAAUUAUGAAACUCCUGACUAUUGGUUUAAUUGUAGCAAAGCACAAUCUCAGGAUGGUGGCAAUAUGCACAU